AUGGACGGCUAUGGUCAUCUGAAUGCAUGUGUGUGUGCGUGUGUGUCCUCGUCCUCUACGCCGUCAGCAACUUCUGACAGUUCUCCUGAACCACCAAUUCCGUCUUCUUCCGCUUCCUCCUCCUCCUCCUCCUCCUCCUCCUCCUCCUCCUCCUCCUCCUCCGCUGCCCCGACGGCUGCCGUUGUCGCGCCUGUCACGCACAUCAACACUACACACAAUCCUGGCCCAACAACAGACAUCAACACCACCACCGUCGGCACCAGAGGUGAGGACCUGGACAACGCCCGUCCCCACUGCGACCGCACCUUUACCUCCCACAUCGACCUAGUCGGUCACUUGUGA